AUGUCAGUGUGUGAUGCUGCCUUUGACCAGCAGGAUGCAGAGGUUGUGUGUAGAGAGCUGGACUGUGGGGCUCCUGUACAGGUGCUGAGAGCAGCUGCUUUUGACAAAGGAGACGCUCAGAUGUGGACACAAGAGAUUCACUGCAGAGGAAAUGAGUCUCAGAUUCACCUCUGUCCAACAUUCAGGAAAAGGCAGGAAACAAACUGUUCACAGGACAAUGAUAUUGGACUGGUGUGUGCAGGUAAUAUGAGAGUGAGAGUGGUUGGUAGUAACAGUUCAUGUUCUGGUCGAGUAGAGGUUUUUCAUAGAGGUCAGUGGGGAACAGUGUGUCACGUGGACUGGGAUAUGGCUGAUGCUGCAGUGGUGUGUAGAGAACUAAACUGUGGAGAACCUGUAGAUGCUCUGGGUGUCAGGCUGGAUGGAGAUUCUCCCUGCUCUGGAACAGUGGAGGUUUUUCAUGAGAAAACAUGGAAUUCAGUGUGUGACACUGCCUUUGACCAGCAGGAUGCAGAUGUUGUGUGUAGAGAGCUGGACUGUGGGGCUCCUGUAGAGGUGCUGAGAGCAGCUGCUUUUGACAAAGGAGAUGCUCAGAUGUGGACACAAGAGAUUCACUGCAGAGGAAAUGAGUCUCAGAUUCACCUCUGUCCAACUUUACCUUCAAAUGAAGUAAACUGUUCACAUGAUAAUUACCAGAAGCUACUCUGUAAAAAGAAUCUGAGGUUGGUUGGUGCUAACAGUCGCUGUGCUGGCACAGUAGAAAUUCGUCAUAGAGGUCAGUGGGGAACAGUGUGUCAUGACUUCUGGGAUUUGGCUGAUGCUGCAGUGGUGUGUAGAGAACUGGACUGUGGAGAACCUGUAGAUGCUGUGACUGAUGCUUUUGGACCAGGAUCAGGGCCAAUUUGGGUGAAUACUAUUUUAUGCUCUGGAUCAGAGUCAGCACUGAAGGACUGUGGUUCAUCAGGAUGGAGCAUACAUGUCUGUACUCACAGUUUGGAUGCUGGGGUCAUCUGUUCAGGUCAUAAACCUUCCAGACUUGCUGAUGGGUCACAACUUUGCUCUGGCAGGUUAGAGAUCCUUCAUGAUCAGACGUGGAUGUCAGUGUGUGAUGCUGUCUUUGACCAGCAGGAUGCAGAGGUUGUGUGUAGAGAGCUGGACUGUGGGGCUCCUGUACAGGUGCUGAGAGCAGCUGCUUUUGACAAAGGAGACGCUCAGAUGUGGACACGAGAGAUUCACUGUAGAGGAGACGAGUCUCAGUUUUCAUUCUGUUCAAUAUCCUCAUACAAACACAAUUGCACCAGUGGCCGCAACGUGAGAUUGAUCUGUUACACUGAUAUCAGACUGGUAAACAGUUCAGACUCUUGUUCUGGAAGAGUGGAGCUUCAGUAUCUCAGUAAAUGGGGCACAGUGUGUGAUGCAUGCUGGGAUAUGAGAGCUGCCAGUGUCCUCUGUAAACAGCUGAAUUGUGGGAUUGCUGUGUCUGUUGUGGGAUCAGACUGGUUUGGAGAGGGAAGUGGUGAAAUCUGGGCUGAUGUGUUUGAUUGUGACGGGAAUGAAACAAAACUCUCCGAAUGUUCAAUCUCUUCAUGGAGUCGAGCUGAACGUUCUCAUAGACGAGAUGUUGGAGUCAUCUGCUCUAACUCGUCUCUGGCUCUUCAUGAGGGUCUGGUGCGGUUGUCUGGAGAGAGACAGUGUGAGGGGCAGGUGGAAGUUUUGAUCCAGCAGGUCUGGAGGAAGGUUCUGCUGGACUCCUGGAGUCUCACUGAAUCCUCUGUGGUCUGCAGACAGCUGGGCUGUGGCUCUGUGCUCAACUUCUCGGGCUCCUCUUCAUCCAGUCCUGAACACAGUCAUGAGUGUGUGAUGGGCUUCCAGUGCUCUGGGAGUGAAGCUCAUCUGGGGAACUGCAGCUCUCCACAAACUCUCAACUGCAGCUCCACACAACAGCUGUCGAUCACCUGCCUUGGCCGCGGGUCCAUCAGGCUGGUGGGUUCUGGGGGAGACUGUGCAGGGAGGCUGGAGGUUUUUCACAGCGGCUCAUGGGGGACAGUGUGUGACGACUCCUGGGAUAUUAAAGAUGCCCAUGUGGUGUGCAGACAGCUGCAGUGUGGAGUGGCCCUCAGUAACCAGCAGGUACCAGCCUGGUUUGGUCCUGGUUUUGGACCCAUAUGGCUGGAUGAGGUGGAGUGUGAGGGGAAUGAGACUUCCCUGUGGAGCUGCUCUUCUCCAGGCUGGGGAAAACAUGACUGUCUACACAAGGAGGAUGUAGGAGUCGUCUGCUCUGAGUAUAAAGAGAUCAGGUUAACUGAGGGCUGUGGAGGAAAUCUGGAGGUUUUCUACAAUGGAUCCUGGGGAAAUGUGUGUUGGAAUCAGAUGGACAGAGACACGGUGAGUCUGAUCUGUCAAGAGCUGAACUGUGGAAGAUCUGGUGUUUUGUCUGAUUCUACACCAAGAGUGGAAUCUGCCCCUAACUGGCUGGAAAAAGUGAAUUGUCGACCACACGAUUCAAAUAUUUGGCAGUGUCCAUCUUUACCCUGGGGACAAAAUCACUGCAGUAGAGAUGAAGUGGCCAAUAUUUUCUGUUCAGAACAGACUGCUCAUGAGUCCCCUCGAAGCUAUCUGACAUGGUUGGCGUUACCCCACCAGAGAAAGGGCUCAGAAUACCUACCUCUCAGACUGCGUGGAGGGGACGGCUGGUGCUCUGGGAGGCUGGAGGUGUAUCAUAACGCUGUGUGGGGCUCAGUCUGUGAUGAUCUCUGGGACAUCAGCGAUGCUCAGGUGGUCUGCAGGCAGCUGGGUUGUGGAGCAGCACUGAGGGCUGAUGGGAAUUCAGCCUUUGGUGCUGGUGAAGGUGUUGUGUGGCUGAACAGAGUCCAGUGCAGAGGGAAUGAGCUUCACCUGUGGGACUGUCCUCUCUCCCUGAACAACCACACUGACUGCUCCCACAAAGAGCACGCUGGACUCACCUGUGCAGGGGAAGUAAGAUUGGUUGGUGGUAACAGCCCCUGUGCUGGUCGAGUAGAGGUGUAUUAUAAAGGUCAGUGGGGAACAGUGUGUGACGAUGGCUGGAACAUACUUAAUGCUAAAGUGGUUUGUAGAGAACUGGGCUGCGAUAAAGCAUUACGUGCUGUUGGCCUUUCACACUUUGGAGAAGUAUCAGGACCAAUCUGGAUGGAUCAAGUUAACUGUACAGGAUCAGAGUCAACACUGAAGGAGUGUAAAUCAAAGAUGUGGGGUGUAAAUAACUGUGAACAUGAUGAAGAUGCUGGAGUUGUCUGUUUGAGUCGCCUUCCCAGACUCAUAAAUGGACCUCAUCUGUGUGCUGGGAGAUUGGAGAUACAAAACAUAAAGACGUGGAUGUCAGUGUGUGAUGCUGCCUUUGACCAGCAGGAUGCAGAGGUUGUAUGUAGAGAGCUGGACUGUGGGGCUCCUGUACAGGUGCUGAGAGCAGCUGCUUUUGACAAAGGAGACGCUCAGAUGUGGAAACAAGAGAUUCACUGCAGAGGAAAUGAGUCUCACCUUGUUUUCUGUCCUGCGUUCAAGUCUUCAGAUGCAAACUGUUCCCGCGGUAAUGCUGUUGGUGUAAUAUGCUCUGGUUACACUGAUGACCGACUGGUAAAUGGUUCAGACUCUUGUUCUGGAAGAGUGGAGCUUCAGUAUCUCAGUAAAUGGGGUACAGUGUGUGAUGCAUGCUGGGAUAUGAGAGCUGCCAGUGUCCUCUGUAAACAGCUGAAUUGUGGGAUUGCUGUGUCUGUUGUGGGAUCAGACUGGUUUGGAGAGGGAAGUGGUGAAAUCUGGGCUGAUGUGUUUGAUUGUGACGGGAAUGAAACAAAACUCUCCGAAUGUUCAAUCUCUUCAUGGAGUCGAGCUGAACGUUCUCAUAGACGAGAUGUUGGAGUCAUCUGCUCUAACUCGUCUCUGGCUCUUCAUGAGGGUCUGGUGCGGUUGUCUGGAGAGAGACAGUGUGAGGGGCAGGUGGAAGUUUUGAUCCAGCAGGUCUGGAGGACGGUUCUGCUGGACUCCUGGAGUCUCACUGAAUCCUCUGUGGUCUGCAGACAGCUGGGCUGUGGCUCUGUGCUCAACUUCUCCGGCUCCUCUUUAUCCAGUCCUGAACACAGUCAUGAGUGUGUGAUGGGCUUCCAGUGCUCUGGGAGUGAAGCUCAUCUGGGGAACUGCAGCUCUCCACAAACUCUCAACUGCAGCUCCACACAACAGCUGUCGAUCACCUGCCUUGGUGAGAACAACAACAUCCACGGGUCCAUCAGGCUGGUGGGUUCUGGAGGAGACUGUGCAGGGAGGCUGGAGGUUUUUCACAGCGGCUCAUGGGGGACAGUGUGUGAUGACUCCUGGGAUAUUAAAGAUGCCCAUGUGGUGUGCAGACAGCUGCAGUGUGGAGUGGCCCUCAGUAACCAGCAGGUACCAGCCUGGUUUGGUCCUGGUUCUGGACCCAUAUGGCUGGAUGAGGUGGAGUGUGAGGGGAAUGAAACGUCCCUGUGGAGCUGCUCUUCUCCAGGCUGGGGAAAACAUGACUGUCGACACAAGGAGGAUGUAGGAGUCGUCUGCUCUGAGUUUACAGAGAUCAGAUUAACUGAAGGCUGUGAAGGGAAUCUGGAGGUUUUCUACAAUGGAUCCUGGGGAAAUGUGUGCCUAAACCAUAUGGACAAAGAUACAGCAAGUCUAAUCUGUCAAGAGCUGAACUGUGGAAGAUCAGGCAGUGAACCCAGUCAUUCAGUGAGCCUGAGAUCUGCUCCUAAAUGGUUAGAUCAUCUUAAAUGUCGAAAACAUGACAAAACAUUGAAUCAGUGUCCAUCUUUACCCUGGGGUCAGAACCACUGUUAUACAGAUGAGGUGGCCAAAAUCACAUGCUUUGAAAAAGAGAGUCCUGACUCGCUACAGAGUUAUCUGACAUGUUCAGCAUCUCCUCAUCAGAGACGGUGUUCAGCUCAUGUUCCUCUCAGACUGCGUGGAGGGGACGGCCGGUGCUCUGGGAGGCUGGAGGUGUAUCAUAACGCUACGUGGGGCUCAGUCUGUGAUGAUCUCUGGGACAUCAGCGAUGCUCAGGUGGUCUGCAGGCAGCUGGGUUGUGGAGCAGCAAUGAGGGCUGAUGGGAAUUCAGCCUUUGGUGCUGGUGAAGGUGUUGUGUGGCUGAACAGAGUCCAGUGCAGAGGGAAUGAGCUUCACCUGUGGGACUGUCAUUUCUCCCUGAACAACCACACUGACUGCUCCCACAAAGAGCAUGCUGGACUCACCUGUGCAGGUCACUGACAGAUUUUUAAGUCAACAGUGAGCUCAACAUCCAUCUCUUUUCCACAAACUGGUCCAGAAACUCUCCCAGUCCCCCCAGUGCUGGUGAUUGUACUGGGAGUUGUGCUCUUACUGCUCUUAGUGCCGCUGCUUAUCCUGAUUCAGCAGAACAGAGUGAUGAGGAGAGCUCUCUCUAAGAGGAGACACAGGACCACCACUGAGGCCUUAUAUGAGGAGAUUCAGCACAAACACAAACUCUUCACUCACAGGGACAAACUGGACCAAGAUGCUUCAAAUGAGUGCCUUACUGAUGUACACAAAUAUGUCAUGAAUCAGAGUUAUGAUGAUGUCACAACCCUGCACGAAGAAGUGACACUGAAGAGUUAUGAUGAUGUCAUCACUUGUGAACAAAAUGAUGGAGCUGUGAUCAAGUUUAAGGAAGAUAAGCCAGAUGAAGAGGAGAAUAAUGAGUGAACUGCCUAAAAUAACUG